CAAGACAGAAGACACAAGAAAGAAGACUGACUGACCAAAGGACUACAGAACCCCUGGUAUCUGAAAACCAGCGAGGCUGGUCGAUGAAAACAACCUGAUCCUUCCAGAGGCAGCUUCACCCACCAGAUGUCAGAGCUGAAGUUGAAACAACUUGUCGAGCCAAAGAGAUGAACCUCAGCCCAGGCUGUCAGGACAGAAACUCAAGCUGUAAAUCUUUGUGAGCAGUACAUCAUCUGGACAUCAGAGCGUGGCCAUUAAGAGGAGGAAACUUCUUCAUUUGAUCAACUCCUUCGCCGGGGAAACAGUCACCUUAAGAUUCCAUCUAUGGAUCCCACCCCAGUCCACCAGGGGGCAGUACGGAGCUUCCCGGAACCUCAGAGUCAAUAAAGGAGCGGAAACCCCGCACCUGAAGAUCAUUUGGAGGGAAACCUGCGAAAAGGAGGCAUGUAGUCGCUUACUGUGGUGUAAAGAAACAUUUAACACUGGAUUCUCGCCCUAUUACAGCCCUUAAAACGACUUUUUAAAUCCAACCGCUCACACACAAAGCACACAACACAGAAAGCGUGGAAGAAUGACCACAAUCCUCAGAUUAGAAGGCCUGGACGUGAACGCAGGCACUAAAGAUAUACGGGGGUUCUUUGAAGCCUUGCACAUACCCGAUGGAGGAGUUUACAUUGUGGGAGGAAGUCUCGGUGAGGCUUUUAUCGCAUUUGGCACUGAAAGCGAGGCACAGCUCGCCUUGCAGCGCUCUGGAAACCUCCUCAAAGGCUCUAUGGUAACUCUUCACCUCAGCAGCAUGGAAGAGAUGGAGAAGAAACUGGAGAAGUCCUUAAAGGAGAAGAGAACUCUGCUCACCGUAAGGAAACCUAAAGCUGCAAACGAAACGUCAAGGCCGCACGCUGAUAUCAACAGACACAAGAAGCCCAAAUCCGGGUCAGACGGUGUUGAUACAACUAAGGCGAGGCUCGUCUCCAGCCCACGUGAUGGUACUGCAGUUUCAUCUUCAGCCGCCUUUCCUCUUGAUCCUGACACCGCCGAUCUGCCGGCUUCCAACGCGCUGCAACGCCACCUGAGUCCAGCCAACAGGCCGGCUUCAGACGGACCUCUGGACACCGGCACAGCUUUUCUCCUCGGAGUCUGCACCGUCCUUAAAGGUCUCGCGUCCACUCAGACCGCCGGGCUGACAUUUGAGUUUCCCAAGGCCGACGGCGGCACAGCUUUAUCCGACAAGGUCAGCAACCCGGAGCACGCCUCGGACUCGAGGCCGGGCUACGUGCGGCUCUUCGGCCUGCCAGCUUCAACUACGAAAGACGACAUAUGCAAGUUUUUCAAAGGGCUGCAUGUGCAAGAAGCGAUAGUCAACGUUGAACUGGGAAUCAGUCGCGGCUCCCUCGUGAAGUUUGCAAGUAAACAAGAGGCGACUGAUGCGCUUGGCUUCAACCAGCAACUGCUGGGCUCCACCAGUGUGGAGGUACGUGGAGCGGAUGAAAAAAUGUGGGAAGGAGCUCUUCAAGAAUGUAGAAAUGCUAUCGACGACUGGUCGGAGAGCCGCAAACGUUUUCCAAAGGAGAGAUCACGGCAUGAGAGGAAAUCUGUUUCUUCUCUGCCGAUCAAGAGGAAGCCAGACAAUCAGGUUCAGUUUAAACCGUUUAAAAAGCCAAAACCCGACGGUGGACCCGAUGCUUCGUUAUCAAAACCCUCCGAGUACAGAGUCAUGGUCAGGAACCUUCCAAGAAACAUCACCAAGACCGAUAUAAAAGAGCUGUUUGGAUGCCCCGGCAUGCCGCACAAAGACGUGCUCCACCUGCUCGACGAAACACGCAGCCUCACCGACACGGCUUUCCUGGCUUUUAAACGCCCGGAGGACUUUGACUACGCCAUCAACCUCUCCGGCUGCCACGUGGGCUCUGGUAACAUCGAGGUGACGCCGAUCACCAAGAACGUCAUGUGGGAGAUGAUGGCCAAAAACCACCCCAGAAAUCAGAGGACCGGUCCGACUGAUCCACGAUUACACGGCCGCCUCAGAAAACCGGACCCCUUAAAGACCGAAGCGCCGCAGGGAGAGGGUCCGGAGAGAGCGGCGCGCCGGCACGUUUUUAUCAGAAACAUGCCUGCAAAUGUGAAGAGAAGUCAAAUCCGGAGCCUGUUCUGUAAAUUCAAUCUGUGCUUGGGUGAUAUCGUGCUGCUACAGGACGGCGAGGGCGGCAGCAGGGGCGAGGCCGUGGUGACGUUUGAAUCCGAAGAGCAGGCGGCGCUGGCCCAGACGAUGCACGGCGAAGAGUUCCUGGGGACCAAAGUGCUUCUGACGCGCAUAAACGUGGAGCAAAAGGAGAAGAUUCUGAACAGCUGAGGCGCUUUGUUCCUCAAUGUCGGCAUCAGUGACCCAUUAAUGUUUAACAUGUUUGAGUUGCACUAAAGAGUUUUUUUUUUUUUAUAUGCCAAGACCUCUAAUAAUUAGGGUCAUAUCCAUACAUUCAUUUGUAAUAAAUGUUCUGAUAAAUACAAGAUGUUCCCACAUCACAACUACUACGAUGACGAAAAGAAGACACCGUGGAGAUUUAUUUUUUUGAAGACGUCAGAUCUUUCUCACCCAGGUCACAGAAAACAGUGCUGAGGCUCAUGGUUCUUUCUACACGGCUGAAUAAAUGUUUUAUACAAGGCUUUCUGGGCGCAGGUUGGCUUGUUUUGUGUUUAAAAAUCAUUAUUAAAGAUUAGAGCAAGUUCUACACACCAGCUUCAAUAACUACAUUAUAUUUGGCUGCGUUAAAGAGACCGAAGGGGCGAGUUUCUCCAGGAUUUGGGCCCGAUUGCCAAAAAACAAAAGGAAGUUAACCGUGAAACCAGAAAGCAACGGACUGGCAGCUGGAGACGAAAUCUCAGCUGAUGAAGACCAAACAGCGUGAUUGUCGAUUCGCCAAGAUCGUGAAAACUGCUUUUAUUGCAAUUACGUCAACAGGAUUUUUAUUACAUCUGGAAAAAGGGGGACAGUUACAAUUUAUCAACUAAAACCUGUCGUGCUCUGAGGAAGUAGAAAAAAAAAAAAA